AUGUACGGUUUUCUACCAAGAGCGGAACCCAAGAACAUUGCUGACUUACUGCAGGACAACUCUGCGUUUGCGGGUAUCACAACCUAUGGGCUGCUGCCUCACCUCCCUUGCCUUAAGGAUGAGUCUGUUGCUUUCGAUAUUGCCACUGUCGGAAUCCCUUUCGAUAGCGGUGUUACUUACCGGCCAGGAGCUCGAUUUGGCCCUUCGGCAAUUAGGCAAGCCUCUCGGCACCUGACUCUCGCGUCAGUAACUUGCGCUCUUAGGGACAAGGAGGCUAUAAUGUGUAGGUUCCGCCAAUAUCUGCCCGUUAAUUUCUCUGACUCCGUACACAGAGCUCAGCGCGUGAAUCCUCUCAAAUUUUGGGGACAAGCCCUGGAUUGCGGCGAUAUUCAAGCUUCACCCCAUGACAAAGAGAUUGCAAUGAAGGACAUUGAAAAUGGAUAUACGAGCCUCCUCCAACGCCCGGCGUACACGAAAUCGAUAGCUGCUGGACCGAACCCUCUUAAAACGAUCCCUCGACUUCUUACACUGGGAGGUGAUCAUACAAUUCUUCUGCCAAUUCUCCGAAGCAUUCACAAAGUCUACGGGCCCGUCAGCGUUAUUCAUUUCGAUUCCCACCUCGACUCGUGGAACCCCACAGCAGGGGCGCCAUCAGAUGCCGCGCAGAUCACGCAUGGCAGUUUCUUCUACUGGGCAAAUCAGGAGGGACUAAUUUCCAAUUCAAGCAAUAUGCAUGCUGGCCUUCGUACGACUCUGUCAGGGCUUGGAGACUAUGAUGAAGACGAGCUGUGUGGUUUUGCGCGUAUCGAAGCUCGCGAGAUUGACGAUAUCGGCACACGUGGUAUCGUCAGGAAGAUCAUCGAGCGUGUCGGCAACGACAAGCCGGUCUACUUGUCCAUUGAUAUUGACACACUUGACCCUGCCUUUGCUCCAGCGACGGGCACUCCCGAGACUGGAGGUUGGUCGACUCGGGAGCUUCGCGCAAUCAUUCGAGGGCUCUCUGACAUCAACAUCAUUGGUGCGGAUGUCGUUGAAGUGUCUCCAGUGUAUGACACAAAUGCUGAGGUCACAUCGCUUGCGGCAGCAGAUUUGAUUUAUGAGAUCAUGAGCAUCUUUGUGAGGAAAGGUCCGAUGACAAUGGCUGAUGACUAA